GCUGCGCAAACGACAGUUUGUUUGGAAGUUUGGAUCAUGUAUCAAAAUUUGUUGCUGCUAGGUUGCCCGAAAGCUAUGACAGCUACAAGCAAAACCGGAUAACAGGAAUGGUCCAUGAGAUGUGCACUGAAAUGUCACAUGCUGUUGGGAAGUUUGUUAUCGGCUUAGGUAAACUCGACGAGGAGGAACCUGGCACUAGCGGGAACGUGGAAAAUCCACCACGUGCAAGUGAACACCACAACAGUCGGAGGAAGCGAGCAACCCCAAAAGUGACUGACCACAACUCAAGUGAGGACGAGGAGUCAUUCAAGUCAGAUGAAGAGAGUGAAGAUGAGGACGAGAGCGAAGACAAGGAAUCAGAAUCAAGUAGUGACAACUCAGGGGAUGGAAGCGAGGAUGGUGAUCCAGAUGAUGAUGAUGAUGAUGACAGUCAUCACGGAGGCAAUGUCAGUCACAAUUCUGCGGACGAGGUUGAUGAGGAUACUGAGGAGACACAUAAAUCAACAGAAAAUAAGGACGACAGAGGCGACAAUGAUGACACCAUCCAUGGAGGGAAUGACAGUGGCACCCAAUGUGAAGAGGGACAUAAACACCAGGUUGACGCACAGCGUAACCGCGAAGCCGAAGAUGAUGAAACAGAGGAAGAUGAUGAGCUGAGAACGGCCAGGAACAUGUUGAGGAGGGAAGUUCCAAGAGAAAUGAUGAUGGAAAUAGAGAUGACGAGGACCAGGAUGGAGGUGGCAAUAUAGGAGGGUACAAUAGGAACAACAAUUCUGAUGGAGAUGAAGGUGGAGCAAGCUCAAGCAGCAGCAAGGAUGAUGACAGUGCAUCAAAUUUCUGCAUCAAGCUGAAUGAUGGCAAACAACAAGGAGGUGCUUCAGAAACUUUUUCACUUCGAGAUAUGGUCAGGAUGGAAUUCAAGAAGAAGUGGGACCCUUUCCGAAAUCAACUUCAGACACCCAAAGUUUGGGAUGGGCGAAAUAUUCAGUCAUAUACCAACUUGUUAUUCUAGCAGAUGUUGUUAAACAAUGAUGAAAAAGAAGUAGGCAUCAAUUUUGAUCCAGAGGAGAUAUGCCCUCCCAAAACACAGAAUGAACUCAUGCAAGAAAUUUGCGGAAUAAAACAGUCGGAAGCAAAUUCAAGAGAUUGUUCUCAGAAAGCUCUACCCCCAAUGCAACCAAGGAAGCAAAAGAGAGUGUCAUUCAACCCAGCUCCGAAAGCUCCCGUGCCUGUAGAAAACAGGCAAGUCCCCAAGGCACUGACAUCAUCACUCAAACAUAAGGGGUAAACUCAAAAAGUUCAAGAGGCAACUGAGUUGACAAACAAAGCAAGUCUAGCAAAAGGUGAGGCAACUUGCAUGGUUAUACAGGCAGGUCAAAGAACAAACAAAGCAGGGACUGUACACUUAUCUUCUGCGCAUCCAGGAACACAUGAAGUAAAACAAGAUCAUUUCGACAAGAUUCCAAAAUCAUCUCAGCCAAUGACAUUGGGAGAGAAGAGCAAGCAAGCAAGUCCAAUGGAAAACUUUCCUACCACAGGAAUUAAGUUGCUUUCUAGUAACCCACAACAUGACACCUUACCAGGCUCUGGUGGAAAUCAAGCAUGCAAAGUGGAGGUGUUGCCUACAAGGAGUACUCAACGUGUCGUUUCGCAAAGGGUUGAUGGAAAACAAACAGCACCAGAUGAGAACUUGCCAAGGUCUCCUGCUAAUUUACCUACAAUGGCAUCUCAACUUGCGAGGGAACCUAAUAUUGGUGCGAAUCAAACAGAGCCAGAAGAUAAGUUGCCCAAAUUUGUUACUCACUUGCCUGCAAGGAGCCAACAACUUGCUACAUCACCUACAACUAGUGGAAAUCAAACAGUGUGUGAGCAGAAGCUGCGCAGCCCUGUUGUUGAUUUGCCUGCAAGGAGCCCUCAACCUGCCAUCACACCUUAGGCUGGUCUAAAAAAACAGGGCUAGCAGAGAAGUUGCAUAGCACUGAAAAGGUGAUGCCUGCAAGGUCAGCUGUAACAUAUCUAGGACCUGUAGCAAAGUUACUCAAGACUAACCUCACAUUGCCCUCGACACAACUCCAAGGUGAUGCACUGACAGAGAUUUUCCAAGAGAGUCAAGCUGCAGACUUGCUUAGUUAUGAUCUCAACUUGCUUAGCUCAAACUCCCACUGCGCAAAAAAGUAAAUGAAUGAUGCAAACAAGGAGAACUGCCCACCGGUGCCACACAACGAGCAAAAUGUUGAUACAGUUAAGAUAAAUGAAAUCUUAGCAAAGUGUGCUGUUCCAACAGAUGCACACAUCCACAUUGCAGGACGGAGAAUAGUUGAAGAGUCAACCAAGGAGCUUCAGAGCACAAGGGUGUCAGGGAUGUGGGAUGACUACUGUCCAGCACCAAGUUUUGGGCUGAUUUUGGAGGAGCUGGAACCAGGUCUCGAGGAAGGAAACAAGGAAAGCAUCCAUUUGCAGGGUGUUCUUGAUGUGCAAGCAGAGGAUGUCGCAACAACAAGCACAACAGAAAUAAUAAACCUCGAGGAUGAUGAAUGGGAUGCAGAGGAAAUAGAGGCAGUGUGUGUUGAAGCAGAGCGAAGGUCGAAAGAAUUUGUUGGGCAAUGUGCUGAUGGUACCUUGUCACCAACUAACUUCAAUACGCCAGAGAGAGUCUCCACCAAAACAAAUGAUGGAUCAGGUGGCAAAUUUUCAAGCAACAGUAGUUCAGGGGAGUUAAUUACCAAUCAAUAUGAGAGGAGGCUCAUAAAGCCAUCUGCAUCUUUGAGGUCACCCUUCUUGGACCUUGACA